CACACAUCCACAUCUUGUCCUUUCCCAGAGUAAACUGACCACUUAUCAAUGGGUUGUGGGUCCCACAUCGAGUCUCCCACCGCUGCGUGACCACAGGCACUGCCCUGCUAAAAGCAACCAUUUACUGCCAUCAGUGUCCUGUUACCCAGAGGAUACGAUUCCCUGUAACCCAUCUGGACAUGAGAAAUAUAGAAGCGUCAUCUGAGUCUUCGUACAGACACGAUUCUCACCGGAAUUAACCUGUUAAAUGUCGGUAUUUAUGAUACGUGUGAACCUUGUCGCAGCGCAGUAAGGGAGCUCGACACGCAGCACCAGGACACGGACCCCAUGAGAUGCCCUGUCAGUGAGCCUCGAGGCACAGUAUUUCUGUUAACAAUGAAAUCUGCCACAAAGAAAGGGUUUCUCCCACGAAUAAAAUGAUCGGUAAGAAAGGAUGGAAAGCAGGGGCCCUGUUACUCAUUGUGACGUUUUGCUUUGGGAUGUUCUGGUAUCUACAUGUGGAGACUUACUUACCAAGAACCUAUGAACCUGUUCGAGAGAUGUGCUCUGUAGGGGAUGUCCCUUCCAAGGCUGCCAUCUUUAUCAGCAACUACUCAAGGGAUCACCCCGUCUUCCUGCAGUUGAGCGACUAUUUUUGGGUGAAAAAUCAAUCUUUGUACGAGUUGCCAUAUGGUACAAAAGGAAGCGAGGAUUUGCUGAUGAAAUUCCUGGCUCUCACAAAUCGUUACCACGUACCACCGGAGAUUGAAAGGUUAUCGUGCAGAAGAUGUGUGGUGGUUGGAAAUGGACAUCGUCUAAGAAACAGUUCACUGGGUGAAGUCAUCAACAAGUAUGAUGUAGUAAUCAGGUUGAACAAUGCACCAGUCCAUAACUACGAGCGGGAUGUUGGCAAUAAAACAACAAUGCGGUUCUUUUACCCCGAAUCUGCAGAUUUCGACCCCAGUCUAGACAAUAACCCGGAUUCUUUGAUGGUGUUGGUACCGUUCAAACCCCUGGACAUUCAGUGGAUGAAAAUAAUCCUAAAUAAUGAAAAGCGGGUUCGGAAGGGAUUUUGGAAAAUGCCCCCUAUAAUCUGGGAAGUAGAUCCUCAAAAUAUCCGUAUCUUAAAUCCUUAUUAUAUGGAAGUCACUGCUACGAAAAUCCUGGGUAUCGAUCAGGAUCAGAAGAAGAAAAUGAAAGCGAAACCGACCACCGGUAUGUUGGCGAUUACCUUCGCUCUUCAUUUCUGCGACCUGGUCCAUAUAGCGGGAUUUGGAUACCCUGCAUCUACCAAUAAGAAACAGCCAAUCCAUUACUACGAGAAAGUGACCCUAAAGUCAAUGGCUGUGUCUGGACAUAAUAUUACACUGGAAGCCGUUGCCAUAAACCAACUUCUUCAACAUAGACUUAUUCAGAAUUUGACUUACUUCUGACGAGGGACGUUUUUUGGGAAGCUAAAAGAGAAAGUCAGUGUCACUGCUCUGUGUACCCACGGUGCUAAUGGGAACAAGAUGGAUUUCUUCAUACCAUGCCUGAGUGGGGAAUUACAAAACACAUUUAAGCAUAGGAUUGGUUUAAAGGAUCCAACUCGAAUGUGGCAUCCAGGAGAAGGAUGGAGGACUGGGACAUCCUGUUUAACAUGUGUUCAGUGUUAGAAAAGCGAGAUGAUCUAUGGACAAGUUAACCGCUUUUCACAUUUUUUGGAACUACAAAAGUAAAAAAAAUCUCAAACAUUUAAAAAGUAAAUAUAAUAUUUAUUUUAAAACAUCUGAAUCUUCUACAAAUAUCUGGACCAUGGAACAGUGCUUGAAGUGCGUUGGCCAAUCUCCAACACCAGGACAUUUAUAACUGUAACUGGCACAAGCAGGCGUUUUGAGAUGUCAGCCAUAAAGUCAUUAAGCAUUUUGAUUGCAUUUUCUAUGAUUUAUGUUUCAACAAUGUAGGUUAGGAAGUGGUGGCUUUUGGCAAUGAGUUUGGGUUAGGAGAGUCGUCUGCGGGCGGAUAGCAGUGUUUUUCCACAAUAUUUGAGGGGGCGGGCUUCCUCUUCCAUGUGCCAUGGACUUCUAGGUUGCUAUAUUUAAAUGUUUUUGGCUAAUUAGAUCCUGGUUUAUUAUUAUUAUUUCUGUGAUAUGACAAACGAACCUCCAUAAAGGGAGGGGAUAGAUUUCUAACAUUUCCUAAACUCGCAAAACUGCUGGAGCAUCUCAAACACUGAAUUGUAUAAAAUGUGUAAGACUGUGGUAGACUGGGUUUCCAGCAUAGCUCAUAAAAUUGUACCUAAAAAAAAAAAUACAGUUUAUUAAUCACAUAAAUAAUUCAAAAACAUCAAA